AUGCUCGUGAUAGGCAAAUUUGAACAAUUGCCAAAUGAAAUUUUGUUAGAAGUAUUUACAUACUUAAAUGGUUUUGAUAUUUAUAAUGGUUUUAAUCAACUAAAUUCUCGUUUUGAUCGUCUACUCAAACAUUGUUGGUACGAAUUUACAACAAGAAAUUUUGAAGAAUUUAAUUUAUUAUGUAAAACAAUUAUUUCUUAUAUAACACCACAGCAAAUUAAGGCAAUAAGAUUUUAUGAUUUUGGAUUAGAAAAUAAUUAUUUUCCUAUUCUUAUUCAAUUAAACAUAUUUUUUGAUCGAUUUAACAUUGAAAAUUUUAUUAAUCUUAAAUUAAUAAAAAUAAAUGAAAUACAUCAGUCAAAUGAUAAUGAUAAUAAUAAUGAGAUUGCUGAUAUGAAUAUUGUAUUAAAAUAUGUCAUUGAAAAUUUAUAUAAAUUACCAAAUUUAACUUAUUUUGAUAUGUGUUUAACAUAUGAAAAUUGUACAAAUAAAACAAUUCAAUUUGUUUAUAAAACAAUAUUUAAUUUACCAACUUUAAAAUCUUUAGUAUUAACUAUAGCUGAGGAGAAUGAUAUUAACUUUUUUCAAUAUCAACAAUCAAAUCUUGAAUCAUUAACUAUUCUUGCUGCUUUAUAUAUGUCUGAUAUAAAACAAAUAUUAACUUUUAAUCCAAAUUUGAAAUAUUUAUGCAUUAUUGAUCUAUCUAAUAAUACAAUAACUAAAUAUCAAUGGAAUAAUAAUAAACUAUUACAAUCAUUGGUACCUAAUCUAAAAAAUGUUAGAUUUCACUUUAAUAUUAAUGUUAGUUGUGAUGAUAUUAUUUUGUUAAUUCAGCAAUUGCCAGAAAUACAAAAAUUAACAAUAUGUAAAGAUUAUAGAGGAUUUAUCGAAAAAGAGUCGUUGAAACGCUCAAUACAAACAUCUUUACCGUUAUUAGAGAAGCUUAAACUUACAUUCAAAGAUGUUAGUGGUGAUCCUGAUGAACUUAUUGAUUCUGAUGAUGAAUUAACAUAUAAUCUUGAAGAAUUUAUUUGGUGUGAUAUUCAUAAUGAAAUUAUGAACGCUAUGAAUCAUCGUAACUGA